AUGGUUAAAACAUACAUAGGUCAAUGGUUGUAUACAUUUCCUUGGUCUCAAGUUGUUACUGGUUUUUGGCAAAAAUUUCCUAAUCCAUACACAGGUCAUGUUUUAUCUGAAGAUGCAUAUUAUCGAACUAUAACUGACGAUCAAAUUCUUAUCUCAAAACGUUUAUUAACUAAAACAAACAAAAUUCCACGUUGGGGUGAACGUAUAUUUUCGCGCGGUUCUUCAUCAACUAUUGCCUUUAUUAUUGAAGAAUCCAUAUGUGAUCUUAAACAAAAAACAUUUAAAACAAUAACAAAAAAUAUUAAUUUAAAAACUUUAAUGACUGUUGAAGAAACAUGUAUUUAUCGUCCAGAUAAAACUGAUGAAUCAAGAACAGUAUGUGAAAAAACAGUUGUUGCAACAUCAGAAUUAUUUGGUUUUAAAACAACAUUAGAAACAUUUGCUAUACAACGUUAUAAAAAAAAUCAAGAAGUAGCAAGUCUUGGCCUUGAAUUUAUACUUCAUAAAUUAUUUCUUCCACAAUUACCAUUACCACCUAUUGUUGGUAUAACAACUCCAGAUACUCGAAAGCUUUCAACUAAACUUAGUGAUAAAGCAAAAAAUUUCUUAAAACCAUCUAGCAAUGAUGCAAUUUAA